CUUCUUAUUUCUUAAUCAACCGAGUCCUCACCGCUCCGUAACACUCUAGACUCUACAUAGAGAAACAGAGAAAUGGCGAGGAGGAGACUCUUGUUGCUGUUGAAGCCGUUCGACCUUUACUCAAUGCGCCAAUCAAACAGUCAUUCUCGGGCCACCAACCCCCAGACAUUGCAGAUGUUACAUUACUCAGAGAAUAGGCGUAAGGCCCACAUGGAUGCCAUAAAAUUCUGUCAGGAUAUUCUGCAGCAGAAGCCAGUUGAUUGGGAACCCAUAUUACGUAACAAUCUAUCACAGCCUAUCCGUAAUGUGGACCUUGUUAUUACAGUUGGUGGCGAUGGCACUCUUUUGCAGGCCAGCCAUUUCAUGGAUGAUUCUGUUCCAAUUCUCGGAGUGAAUUCCGACCCCACACGAAUUGAAGAGGUGGAACAGUUCAGUAAUGAGUUUGAUGCCAAUAGGAGCACUGGCCAUCUUUGUGCAGCAACUGUCAACAACUUUCAACAGGUACUAGACAACGUCCUCGAGGGUCGUAAGGCUCCUUCGGACUUAGCAAGGAUAUCAACAUAUGUAAACUCAAAACUGCUGUCAACAUAUGCUCUUAAUGAUAUCUUAAUUGCACAUCCAUGUCCAGCAGCACUUUCUCGGUUCUCAUUCAAAAUUAAAAGAGAUGACCAGCCAUUUUCCCCUUUAGUGAACUGUCGGUCAAGUGGUCUCAGAGUUUCAACAGCUGCCGGUUCAACGGCUGCGAUGCUCUCUGCUGGUGGAUUUCAAAUGCCAAUUUUAUCUCGGGAUCUCCAGUACAUGGUAAGAGAACCCAUUUCUCCUGGGGCAGGCUCUAGCUUGAUGCACGGAUUAAUAAAAUCUGAUCAGUACAUUGAGGUCGCAUGGUUUUGUAACAAGGGUGUGAUAUACAUUGAUGGUUCUCAUGUUUGCUAUCCUAUCCAAAAUGGGGAUACUAUUGAAGUAUCUCCCAAGGCCCCAAUUCUAAAAAUAUUUUUGCCUGACCAUUUAUUAGCACAGAGUAUAUGCACAUAAAGUUGAGGCUGCAUAUAUUUUUCACAAAGAAGUGUAAGUUUCUAGACAUGAGUUGCAUAUGCAAGACCGGAAUUUUGUAAAAAUGAGUUGGAGACAGCACUUGUUCGAGGAAACUAUUGAUUCUAUAUGGAAAAGCUCAAUAUGUAGGUUGAGGUUGCGGUUGAGGUUUACCUUCCUAGAAAGUUGUACUGCGAGUAUAUUGGCUUGACCAGAAUCAUCCUGCAUUGCUGGGAGGAACCUGGUUUAAGCUCAUACGUUUGACAACUGUGGGCAGGUUGUACUUGUCUCUCUUGAGAUUGAAAGCUGCUUCAAUCAGAUGCCUUCUCAUAUUUUUCAGGUGCCCCCUUAAACAUGGGGGCGUUUGGGAAAAACUAAUUUCUUUGGUUCGGCUGAUCUCUUUUGCGUUUCUCUUCUGCAAAUGUAUAGCGUUUACUGGUGUUAAGUUUCCACAUUCACAAUGGAAAUUCCAAGAAAUUUCAA